AUGGAAGAAGAAAAAUCGGAAGAUGUCGGAAAAGUCUUUGUUGUCGAGGCCGACGGAGAUUCCAAGAGCUCCUUCGGGGAAAUGUGGGAUUUCGAUCUUUUUCGAUCAUUAAAACUUUUCUGGGAACUGAUUCUGGGAAUAGAAGACUCGAUCAUUUUCGCACCUUGAAACCAGCUUGAAUCAAUUUUAAAAGUCCAAAAGGAACAUCAAGGAGAACACCGAAAAAACAUUUUUCAUUAGAUGAGUUUUGGAAGUCUGUUCAUUGUGUUAGGAGCGCUAUUUUUUUAAAAAGAAUUUUUGAAACUUCAUAGGCGAAUCGAGAAAGGGUUUCGCGAGACCCUCUGAGUUAUAUCGCAGGCUCUGAAGUCUCACGAUGGUACCUCGAGGAUUUUGAGCAAAAUGAGUGGGACUUGAGAAAGACUCAAAUGCCUACAAGAUGGCUCAGAUAUAGCUAAAAGGUAUGCCGGAGGUCUCACGAUGGACACAUUAUGGGGUCUUCACGAUCCAUUUUGAGAGGUACCGUUGUGGACACAUUAUGGUACCUUCUCGAUUCGUCUGUGUUUCUCAAAUGGCUUAGAAAGUAUAUUAACCCGAUUCUUAAAAGUCAGUUUUAUCAUACUUUUUUUGAAGUUUUUCCAAAAAUGCUUCCAGAACCUUAAUAAACAAAGAGCGGUUUGUCAAAGGUUUCAUUUGACUCUUUUUUAAGGGUUUUGGACGAGAAACGGACCUCAUGGCAGUCAAUCUACCUGCUGACUGCCAUCGGAAUGUUUUGCGGUAUUCAAUUUUCCAUUUUCUUCCCGACCUUAUGGCCAUUUCUUAACACGGUUAGUUGAAAAGGGAAAAAGAGAAAAACGGCGGGAUGCAGGUUGAUCCAACCGCCUCGGCGGCUUUCUUCGGCAUCAUCACCGCCGCUUUCUCCGUCGGCCAAGGACUUGCCUCUCCAGCCUUCGGUUUCUGGAUGAAUCGCGCCAAGUCCAGUCAGCUUGUCCAUUCAAUUUUAUGUUUUGGAGUCUUUGGUGGAAAAGAGAUAAGCUCAGAAGGACAAUCUAGGAAUGUGGACAAAAAAUUGUCAGCCUAUUUGUAGAUCCAGCUUUUAUUUUUGGGAAUCAUGUUUCUGUGAGCUCAAUUUUUUAGUAAUCAGGAAUCUUGUAUCAUAAUUAAUCAGAAAGUGGAAGAAUUAUAUGGAUUGAUUGCUACAGUUCGACAACCCCUCGUGUUUGGAAUCGUGGUGAUGAUCGUGUCGAACGUGAUCUUCUGCUUCGUCGAGUCCUUCCCGGAGAAAUACCGUCGCUGGGUGAUGAUGGUGGCGCGGUAAGGCUUCAGAUGCCUCGAUGACACGUCUCAGAUUCUUUAUUGGCAUAGGAGCCGGCACAGUAGGUGUGAUGAGGGCCUAUGGAGCCACAGCCAGCAGCCUCAAGGACCGCGCCAGAGCCAUCACCUUCAUCCAGGCUUCCUACGUCAUUGGAAUGACUCUCGGACCUGGUAUCCAGGUGAGUGCCGUUCAGGUGGAGGCAGCUCAUUUCUGUGCAGGUGGCCUUCACGCCGAUCGGCUAUCCAGGCCUGAAAGCAGGCCGAUUCCAUCUGGACAUGUACACGGCGCCGGCCUGGUUUGCCUCGGUGAUCUCCUUGCUCUCGCUUCUGUUCAUCUUCAUCUUUCUCGAGGAGAACUACGCCGGCGUCGAUGAUAAAGCCGAGGCCGAAGGUUCAGACUCGCGCUUCUCUCUUUCCGUUACCUAUAUUCAGAUUCUUACACGGCAAUGCCGUCUUUCGACAAAUUGCCCGUGGCUAUUUGUGUCGGCACGCAGUUCACUCUUAUGUUUAUCCUGACCAAUCUCGAAACGUUCGUUCUUCAACUUUCAAAUCAACAAAGUCGAUCUGAAAAAUAAACGAAAUAUUUCAUCUACUGAGCGCGAUUAAAGAAAUAUUUUAAUUUUCGCAGAAAAAGCUGAAAAAAAUAAGUUCUUUUUUUGGACUUGAAACAAAAAAAGGGAAGUAAGUUUUCUUGGAAUCUGAUAAAUCUGAUUAUAAACAAACACGAAGAAAGUUCUUUUGAAGGAAAAAAAUCUCGCAAAAGACUCUUUUCGUAUAAAAAUCUUUAAAACCACAAUAAUCUUUUUAGUAUUGGCUCGCUUUAUGCGAAGAUGAUGUGGGGUUGGAGCAACUCCCAAGCAGUGCUCUACACAGGUCCCAAUCUCUUGGUUUCUCUUUUCCAUGUCAUUUCUACAGGUAUAAUGCAAGCUACAAACGGACUCGUUGGCGUCUUGGUUUACGCCUUGUUUGCCGUCAAACUCGGCCAUUAGUUGGUAUUUUUCUCCUUACCCGAGUUACUGCGAACCUUUCCAUUUCAAGAUAUGAAUAGUUUUACUUUCUGAAAAAAGAAGGUCGCAGCCAACGAAGCUUACCAGAAAGCGUAUCUUUUGAGUUAGUAUUAUAAAAAGGAGUCAGACCGGGUGAACAUUCUUCUAAGGUUCAAUGAAAAAUUAAGAGCAGUUAAAUUACAAUAAAAAACUUAUUAGAUUCAGUUUGAAGAUAAGUUUUGAUAAAAUAAUUCAAAACAUCACUAUGCGCCCAAGAAUUGGGAUUUUUUUUAUUGGACUUGUGGUUUUUCAGUAUUUCUCAGGCGCGAGAAAGGAUUUUCACACUGUUUGGAUUGGGCCUAGGUGUGAUAUACCACGUAGCCACCUAUCCGUAUCCAUGGGGACCGCCGCUUCCUUUCGAAAUAAGAAGUUUUUGCUCUUCUUCUCAGAGAAGGAUUUCUUUGUUUUGCAGACGAAACGAAAAAAGGAAAGAACAUGUCGGAAGAACUCGGCUGCAAUCCAGACAAGUAUCGGUGGUGCGACUACACUCGCAACGUUUCUCUUGUCACCAAACAGGCCGAUUUUGAGCUCUUGCAGGUCAACUUUUGGCUGUACGCCUUCAUGUACGGCGUCGUGUUGGGCGCCUGCUUCCCGAUCGUGAACAUCUCCAUGAAUACAAUCUUCAGUAAGAUCCUUGGAGCACGACGGCAGGUUCGUCCAGAAGUUUAUUUGAAGAAUAAAAUCUUGACAGGGAACAAUGCAAGGCAUAAUGCUGAUGGCCGGAAGUUUCGCACGCACAAUAGGUCCCUUACUCGUCUCAUGGAUUUUCCAGGAGUGGGGACCUGAUCCCCUGUGGAUUAUGGAGGUUUUUUUUCUCCCUUCUCAGAAGAACUUUUGAAAAAGUAAAACUGUAGGUGGUGGUCCUCGUCGUGACGAUGGCACUGUGGACGAUUUGGUAUCGUCGCCUGGUUCCACUAAUCACAAAUCCCAAGUUAGAACCCUACGAGUCUUGUAAAUACGACAAAGGGGUUCGAACACGGAUAUAA